UACGUGUUAGCAUAAUUCAUUUUUUUUCUUAACAACGUCAAUGUGGAGCCUAAGGGGCCUCAGACCUCGUGCCAUCUAUAACGGCUUGCAUUAUCCACUAUCAUCAUCUCAAAAACCGAACUUACGCAGGAACUUUAUGGCUUCCGCGAAUGUUCAUUCUGAACGAUUCUUAGCCGAUCGUGCUGCUCCUUUAUGCAGUCUCGAUAUCUCCAAGACUUUCGCGCAAUUAAGUUCCCAGGAAAAGAAGUACACUCAUCAUGUAUCUGAAGCUGCUUGGGCCGGUGCGCGAAUCAUACAAGCUCAAUGGACCCCUCAGGCGAAUGAUCUGUAUGAUCUUUUGAUCUUAACAUUCAGUGACGAUGGAAAGCUCGCCGAUCUGCAAAAACUACAAUCUGCAUCCAGACUGACUGCUGAGGAAUGGGAGGAUAUCAUGCAAUAUACUGUUCAAGUGCUGAGCAAUCUGGUCAAUUAUCGCUCGUUUGGAUUUACGAAAAUCAUUCCCCGGAUUUCUGACAUCAAAUUCGAAGCUGUUGUGCAGCAGUCUGCAAACUCGAACAAAGCUCUUGAUCUGUGGUACAAGCUGAAAGAACACAUCUACGCCACAGAACCUAGCACUUCUCUUUUCAUUGGCAAGCGCAGUCAAGGGCAUGUUUCAAAUUAUUACUUAGGAGAAGUUAUAUCCGAUGAAGAAGUUGGUGAUGUGCAAACUGCUGCAGAGAAUCUUGGAGUUGACGUUCUCAACACUCGUUUGAGGAAAAAUGGACAAAAAGAUUUCACGCUUCUUGUGGCCUCUGCGCAAUCCAAGCAAUCUGCUGUACACUAUAUCUCUGCCAAAUCUGGAAGCUUCAAGCUUACUGUCGAGUACGGUGAUCACGCAGCGGCACUGAAAAAGGUCGUCGUUUCACUUCAAGAGGCCAAGAAAUACACGGCUAACUCGCAUCAGGCCAAGAUGGUUGAGAAAUACAUUGACUCAUACAAUACUGGAUCGAUUCAGGACCACAAGGAUGGAUCCACAGAGUGGGUGAAAGAUACUGGUCCUAUAAUCGAGUCUUAUCUUGGGUUUAUAGAAACUUAUGUCGAUCCUUACGGUGGUAGAGCCGAAUGGGAGGGCUUCACUGCAGUAGUAAAUAAAGCGCUUAGUGCUAAAUAUGACACUCUGGUGGCACAAGCUCCCAAGCUCAUCGAAGUUUUACCGUGGGGUAAAGACUUUGAGGUUGAAACUUUCAGAAAACCGGAUUUUACUGCCCUUGAGGUGGUUUCAUUCGCCACGGGCGGCAUCCCCGCGGGUAUCAAUAUUCCAAAUUAUUAUGAUAUCCGUGAAACCGUUGGUUUCAAGAACGUUUCAUUGGCCAACAUUCUUGCUGCAAAAGCACCUAACGAAGAAUUGACUUUCAUUCAUCCUGACGACGCGAAGCUUUACAAUGAAUGGGAUCAUCGGGCGUUUGAACUCCAGGUGGCCAAUCAUGAACUCCUGGGACAUGGUUCCGGUAAGCUAUUGAAGGAGAAUGGGGAUGGGUCGAGGAAUUUUGACCCGAGCGUCAUCAAUCCUUUAACUGGUGAGCCAGUAACAUCAUGGUACAAGCCCGGUCAGACCCCAGACGCGGUCCUUGGGGAGGUUUCUUCAUCGAUGGAGGAAUGUAGGGCUGAGACUGUUGCUCUUUUCUUGGUCGGAAACAGAGAUAUCUUGAAGAUUUUCAAUUACGUCGACGAGCAAGAAAUCGAGGAUAUUCAAUAUAUAACGUUCCUUCUCAUGGCUCGUGCGGGUCUCCGUGCAUUAGAAUUCUUCGAUCCUGCAACCCAGAAGCAUGGUCAAGCUCAUAUGCAAGCUCGACUUGGUAUUACUCAAUUUUUAAUGAGGAAUGGUAUAGCUCGAUUGGAGAAAGUUCGCGAUUCAGACGAUAUGUUGGAGAAUGUGUUUGUACGUGUUGACAGGGAUCAAGUACUUGCACGCGGUAAAGACGUUGCCGGAAAACUUCUGGUAUCAUUGCAAGUAUACAAGAGUACUGCAGAUGGUGCAGGGGCACGGAAAUUCUACACGGAAUUAACAACGCCCAUGUCAGGCUGGGACGGAGAACUCAGGGAUCUCGUGCUGAAGAAAAAACUUCCACGAAAAAUCUUCGUUCAGCCGACAACAGCGAUCGUUGAUGGUGAAGUUCAGCUCAAAGAAUACCCAUUGACGAGUGCAGGUGCAAUCGAGAGCUUCAUCGACCGGAGACUGUGAGCAUGGUCGGGGAUGAUGAUGAUUGUUCAAACUGAAUUCGUACCAAAUACACUUAUACCAGUGAUACAAGAGUAACUACUACAGUACAUAGUUGGAACUUGGCUUGGAGUUUGGCUGCGAAAAUAAAAAAGAAAUUAUCCCUUC